CAGUCUUCAAGCGUACAGCUGAUCGUGAAAGACCAAACUGAAACGAGCGCAUCCGGGUGGAUUCCGGGACGACCUUUUUCGAGAUUUCUGGCCACCAUGAACAAGUGACAAAGGAUCAAUCGAGCGAUCGCGCGAAUUUUCCGCGAGUGCAUUAUAUCGAAGUAUUCGCCGGAAUGUCGUCGAGAUAGCGAGACAAAGCUGUUUCUCUUUGCCUCUCUGUCUCUGUCUGAAGAAUCGAACGGUCCAUUUCCAGAUACCGCGCACCCUCUUUUCCCUUCUUGUCCCACUUUUGCCGUAGAUGAUCGAAAGAUCCGAGCUUGCAAUCCGAACAUACGUCCGCUUCGAGAAUUCGACGAUUUACGAUUUCGAAGAUCAAAGGAUCUAAAAAUAUCUGCUUCAGUUAAAAGAUAAAAUAUUCAUAAAAAUUAAAUAUCUAAAAAUACAUAUUUUUUCACAAGAAAAGCUCCAAAUGUACAAAGUUCUCUAAGCAUCCGAAAACCGGCGCACUGUAAGGAUUCGACUUGGGAACUUGAAUUUUCAAUCAGGAUUUAGAGAACUGAUAACUUUAAGAAAAUCUAUCAAUAAAAUAUUGCAUAAUAAUUCAGAUUUCUAAUUAAACAUCCGGAAUCUAUAUAUAUACGAAGAUUUAGAAAUCGACGCCAUCAAUCCGUUAAAUUUCAUUGUAAAGAAUCUACUUGAGAAUCCUGAAAGAUUUUAGGAGCGGUCAAAAAUCCACGAGCAUUUUUAAGAAUUUUCCAGCGAAAAAAUGCGACCAAAUAAUUCGAGAAUCCUCGUAAACUCUUUAAUAAAUCGUGAAAUCUCGUAAUCGCCGAUCAAUGUUGAUGAAAAUCGAAGUAUCGACACACAAGAGCUAUAGAUUGGAAGCUCUUGCCAUCGCCGAGACGUUCGACCACGAGAAAUCCUUACAAUGGCCAGCGAAAAGAUAUCAGGACGAUAUAGGACAUCAUUACCAGCUCCGGGUCGUUCCGAAGUAAAUCUCUGCUCGGUGACGCUGCAGCUGGGCAAGGACAUCAGUAAAACCAGCAUGCCAGUCAUCUUCAACGAGCCCCUCUCAUUCCUGCAACGCGUCGCGGAGUACAUGGAAUAUGCCAAAUUGCUUAAACGGGCAUCCCAGGAGCAAUCGCCAAUCUCCAGGCUCCAGUAUGUCGCGGCUUUUGCUGUGAGUGCUCUCGCUUCGAACUGGGAACGCUUUGGAAAACCCUUCAAUCCGAUUUUAGGCGAAACGUAUGAGUUGGAACGCGAAGACUUCCGGAUAAUAUGUGAGCAGGUUUCGCAUCAUCCUCCGGUAUCCGCGUUUUAUGCCGAUAGUGAGGAUUUCAUUUUUCACGGCAGCAUCCAUCCCAAACUGAAAUUUUGGGGAAAAUCAUUAGAGGUGCAUCCGAAAGGAAUUGUCACAGUCGAACUACCCAAGUGGAAAGAGGCUUACACUUGGCAAAAUGUCAAUUGUAUUCUUCACAAUGUUCUGGUGGGACAAUUGUGGAUGGAACAAUCGGGCCCUCUGGAAAUCAGACAGCACGGAGGAGACAAUUUGAAAGCUAAACUUUGUUUUAUCAAAAGCACCCUGAACGGCAAGGAUAUUCAUCGCGUUGAAGGCUUCAUAACGGAUCAGGAAAAAAGGAAGUUACUCUUUCUUUACGGCAAAUGGAUCGAAAUUUUACGAUCCUGUGAGCCCUCUUUAUACGAGGAAACACUGGAAAAGAUUAGAAUGGAGGCCAAAAGCCCGCAGGGUAGUCCAGGACACAAAAAAGUCCUGGCGAAACUCCACAGCCUCAAGGUCGGAGCUUUCAAGCCCCUGCAUCAGGAUGCGAUAGACGAGUCUUUAAGCAGUACGGUUGUCGAUGACAUCCCGAUUGUGGACGAGAUUCCAGGAUCUAUCACAUUGUGGGAAGUCACACCGAGACCCAGCAAUAGUUCGGAUUAUUAUCAGUUUACAACGUUUGCCAUGUCAUUGAACGAGCUGGAACCCGAUAUGAGAGAGACCCUGUGCCCGACCGACUCCAGAUUAAGGCCGGAUAUCCGCAAACUUGAGAACGGCGAUCAGGAUGGCGCCGCGUCUGAGAAAGGUAGACUCGAGGAAAAACAGAGGGACUCUCGCAAAGUGCGCAAACAGAAGAAAGGACACGAAUAUGUCCCCAGAUGGUUUCAAUCCGGCACGAAUCCUUAUACCGGUCAGGAAGAUUGGAUAUAUCGGGGCGGAUAUUGGGACCGUAAUUACACCGAUAUCGAAGACAUCUUUUAAGAAAGUCCUUCCUUAAAUUAACGCCCGGGAGAGAAUCGAUAAUCGGGCGUCUCGUUAGUGCAAAAUUAUAAAUAAAUUGCCUAAGAGAACGGGCGCGUAGAUCGAUAAUAGACGCCUUUAGAGAUCGAUGUCUCUAUGUAAAGUAAUUAAAAGCGUAUCUCGCGAAUCUUAAAGCGCGAUGAAAAUUGGAACUCGACGAGUCAUCGGCGAGUACCUUCCCGUGCUCUUCGGCGAAUCGUAGAUACAAUCAAACAUUCGAAAAUCGAUCUGUAAAAUCCAGGAUUCAUAGAUUUUGAAUGUUUGAUUAUAUUCUCGGUUCACCUCUUCCCGCAAACUUAUCCGACACUAU